AUGAAUAUUGGAUAUUUCGACCACGAAAAUGAUCGUUUCAACAAUUUUGUCAAGAAGAAUCGAAAUAAAAUGUGUGGAUUAUGUUUGAUUGAUGGAUCAAUUAAUGGCGUGAGUUUCACGGGGAUUGAUAUUGGGAAAUUAGAAAAAAUCAAAAAAGAAUCUUUUUUCAGGCUCGUCACUAUACAAUGUCAAUUAUACCAGUCGGAAAUCCAACUCAAACGUAAGCUUUUUCAAAAAAUAAAUCUGCACAGAAUUAUAAAAUUCCUGAUUUUCAGGUAUAGCAUAAGAUUCGAGGAAAACCUGGAUACCUCAAAAGAAACGCUUAAAACUCUAGUUUAUCGAAGUGUCAAAAAAGGAAGUCAUCGAGCUGUCGAACUUGAUGUGAUAAGUGAUCAUGAAGAUACAUAUGAUAAAGUUUGCAUUAAAUGGCUUAUCGAAUUUCUAUUCACAAGACAAUAUAAAUAUCGGGAAGUUGAUAUUAUUCUUGUGAGUUGUUAAUAAGAAAUUUGUUAUAAACUUUGUUAUCUUUUCAGCCGCCAAGAUACGAGCGAAUUUCAAAUCACAGUUUUUCAAGUAACAUUGAAAAAUUGACAUUGAGAGUUGCUGGAACUGAAACAGAUUCAGGGAUUGCUGAUUGGUGGAUGAGUAGAUUCUCGAUUCCAGUCGAAUUUCUUCAAAUAUAUUCGGAUCCACAUCAAAAAAUUGCCGACAAUUUUAUGCUUCAUCGUUGUAGAAAAGUGCAACUUUGCGGCAAUUUUGAUGUCAAUCUUAAAACUUUCAAAGAAUUUCAAGGCGUUUGUUUUUUCUAUAAAGAAGUGCAUUCGUCUUGGUAUAUGGAUGAAGAAGAUUUCAAGCGAUUGUAUAUUGUGAGUCAUUUUUUUGAAAAAUUUGAAAUGUAAAUAUCGGACCCACAAAGUUCCGAGCUUCCCAGAUUAUCCAAAAACAAAAAAUCAAUAUUUUUUGCAGCACUUGAACGAGGAUAUAAAUCAAGUGAAAAGCAUCUUCCUGCGUUUCACAUUGCCAUCAAAAGAACACGAGCUCAAAACGUUUCUUCGUCACAGAUAUCCGGAUCAUCGAAUUGGAGAACACAAUAUAAUUCGAAAAAACGGCGAAAACAUGUUCUAUUUCAGUAUGGACAAUGGAAAAACAGUUGUUGGCAAUUUUCAUGUUCUGAACUGUUUUGAUAUUGAUGAUGCAAGCGAUUAUGGAUUAGUUGUCUAA